AUGAAUCUGUUGGCUCUUGCUGUUUUAGUCUUCACGGUCGUUGCUACUCCAGUAGACCGCGACACCAACUCCACUGGUGGCUUAAUCGCACAACUGAAGCUUGAGCAGAACACAUUCACAUGCGGUGCUUGUAAAGAUGUGCUCACAAUUCUGCGGACUGCCUCCAGAAAUCUUCCUCGGAAUAUGGCACUCAGGGUCGUCGAGAAGGCUUGCACAUCUGGUUUGCUUGCAGGCUUUUGCCAAAACUUUUUGAAUAAAGUUCCUGGCCUUAGCGGCACCCUUGGUUUGGGUACUGAUUUUCUUGAUGCUAUUGAGAUCAUGGAUACCCAAGGUCAAGAUGGUGACUAUUUCUGUCAUUUCUUGCUUGGCUCCCUCUGUCCUAUUCCUGAAUUUCGCGCCCCUGAUGUCUCAACCCUUAUUCCUGCUAAACGUGAAAACCUUCCUCCCCUCCCUGAAUCCUCAGGUGGUACUUUCAAAGCACUGCAUAUCUCUGAUAUUCAUUUGCAGAAUAGCUACGUUCCUGGUGCCCCAGGUAACUGUGUUGGUAUGGAUCUUGGCGGUAUGUGCUGUUACAAUGGCGCAGUUCAGAUGCCUGGCAAGCCCAUUGUGCAGGCUCCCGAGAUCGGGUAUUACUACUGUGAUACGCCUCCUCUACUGCUCGAGAACGCUUUGGCCAAUGCUGCUGUCAACCAAAGUGACUAUGAUUUCUCUAUCUUUACAGGUGAUGCGGUCGACCAUGGUCUCGUCUUCUUAACUAAAGAGGAAAUGAUACAAGAAGAAAUUGACACCUUCACAUCGCUCAAGAGAAACUUGAACAAUAUCCCAACCUAUCCAGUUCUUGGCAAUCAUGAUUCUUGGCCGUACGCCCAAGAUCCUCCUUCGAAUUUGAAAGCCGGCGACCGAUACCAAUACAACCGUAAUCUUAUGGAAUAUUUGUGGUCCGAUGGGUGGCUGGACAGUGAUGCUAUAGACGAUGUUCGUCACCACGACACCGCAUACUCUGUCAUGGCUAAAGACAACCUCAAGAUCAUUGCUCUGAACACUAAUUUCUGGUAUCGUUUCAAUCUCUACAAUUACAACAACCUCUAUGAGGCUGAUACGUCCGGUAUGUUUCAAUUCCUCGUCGACGAACUCGAUGACUGCGAGCAGAAUGGUAAGUUUGCCUGGAUCAUCGGACAUGUUCCUCCUGGUGGGCUUCCCGACGAUGCGGUACCUGUUCAAACUUGGGUUUUCACCCAGAUUGUUGAGCGAUAUAACGAUAAUAUUGCUGCUUUGUUUUUCGGACACACCCAUCAGGAUGAGUUCACUGUAAUGUACGCCGGCGAUGGAACUGCCAAGACGAUCGAGAAUGCAAUUAAUACAGUUUGGGUUGCACCUUCUAUUACUCCACUGAGUGAGUACAAUCCUAGCUGGAGAUAUUAUGUUGUGGAUGAUAAAACCUAUCAGGUUAUGGACUCUGUCACCUACUAUGGUGAUAUUUCUAGCGGGUCCCAGGUUAACUGGCAGUUCGAGUAUAGUGCUCGUGAAACUUAUACCAAGUAUUUCGAUUGGGAUGAGAACACACCCCUCAAUGGUCAGUUCUGGCAUCAAGUGUCGACUGGUAUUCGGGAUGACCCCCGGAUGGCUCAAGAGUACUCUUCGUUACAGUAUCGUCGCACUAAUUACGCUCCUCUUUGUCACGAUGAAAAUUGUCGUAUGGAGAACUACUGUUACACAUCUUCUUUCAAUACUAUCAACGGUAUCAAAUGCCGCUCUGGCAACAGUAAGCUAUCCAAACGUACGAUGCUUCAACCAAAUGUACCUAUGCCUCGUCCUGAGCGCAAAGACAAGCACGUUGCUUAA